UCUGGGCCGCUUCUGACUUGACCUGGCCAUGCUGCCGGUCGUUUUUGCCGUUGCAUGCAUCCUGGCAGUGCACGGCGAGUUGUCGCCUUUGGAGCGGGCUGUGCGUUCGGGCGAUGCCAAGAGUGUGCAGAAACUGCUGGCAACGGCCGCUGGAGACCUAGGCUACUCCUAUGAUGCAGAGGAUGGCUUCGGCCGCAGCCCCCUGCAUGAAGCCGUGGAGUUCGGCCACAAAAAAGUGGUUGAAGAGAUUUUGGCCUGGCAAGGUUCAAACCAACUGGUGUCGGCCCCAGAUGAACUCGGUUGGACAGCACUUCACUGGGCAGCCCUGAAAGGUUCCGAGGACAUUGCUCGGCGACUGCUGGAUGCCAAGGCUAAGGUAGAUGCUAAGGAGAACGAAUUUGGCUGUGAACCCUUGCAGUGGGCUGCGCGCAGGGGACAUCUGCAGCUGAUUCGCUUGCUUCUGAAACAUGGGGCGGUGGCAUCCCACCAGGACCGAGAGAAUCGCACAGCUGCGAAAUGGGCUCAUCUUACCAAUCAUCUCAGUGCCUUUGCAUUGUUGGAGGGUAUGGAGCUGCGGUCCGAGGGGUCCGAGGAUGAAGAAGCACUGGAUGAGACCUACAACAUGAGUCGUUUGCACGCGGCCGUGGCCAAGAACAACAUCAGCGAAAUGAAGCGACUCUUGCGGAGUAGCGAGGCCAAAGAUCUGCUGGUCAAAGUGGAUAAGUGGGGCAGAACUCCAUUGGUUACGGCUCUCCAAGCCAGUCACAAGGCAACAGGCCCAGGCUCCGAAAAGUUAGUGAUGCACUUCAUUCGGCUCAUGAAGAUGUUGCGCUUGGAAGGCACGAAAGGUGUCUUUCGGCCUGACAAGGACCGGAGAGAUCCGGUGCACUGGGCGGCGCUGGCGGGACAUCGACAGGUCGUGCUCGAACUGUCACAUAUGAUUCCGUCUGAUACACCCGCAUCAGAUCGCUGGGGCAACCGGUUGUUUCACCACGCUGCUGCCAAUGGACACACCUCGAUGAUGGAGUGGCUACUGGAUCAACGUGCCAUUGUGGAUGGGAUCUCAAGUUCCAAGCAAACUCCGCUGCACAUGGCAGCUGCAGGGGGGCAUUUGGACGUGACAAAGUUAUUGCUAAGACGUGGAUCGCCAUUGAAUGCUCAAGAUCGAUUACUUCGGACGCCGCUGCACUACGCAAUCUUGCAAGGCAAUUCGGAGAUUGCUGAGGUCUUGAUGAAGGCUGGUGCAGAUGCCUCUGAAGCUGAUAUUGAUGGCAUGAGCCCAUUGUCCUUUGCUGAGACAGCCCUGGGGCUCCUGAAAAGUGAUGAGAUGGAGUGAGGCGUCGCUUGAUGGCGUUGAUGCAUCUCCAGUCAAGUUCAGUUGCUUUUUGAUGCUUUUUGGCUCAUAGGUACAUAGCAAUGUCAGGAUAGCCCGCAUAUGAUCAUAUGAGAGCACAGAUUAAGCUUCUUUGUGGCCCUACCUGGUAUGCAUCCAUCAGCGAAAAAACGCCUUGAGUGUUGGCUUGGGAAUGCUUGGCAAAUGGUCAGGGUCCUCCAGGGUUUUCACACAUAAUGUGGGGACAUAUUCCACAUCAGCUCCUCCAUUGCCCCAAGAAAGUAUGGACAUAUUUGCUCUGAAGCAGACGCGGCUAGAAAUGUGCAGUGGCCAAAACAAA